AUGCCAACAGUUGUAGAGGCCAACAUUGGCCCAUUUUACCUGGGCACCCUCUUCCAGCUCUUCCUCUUCGGCAUUCACUGGCAGCAAGUCUUCGACUACUAUCGCCUGUUCCCGCAAGACCGCCUGUUCAUCAAAACUGCUGUCGCAGCCGUCUUCGCCGUCGGUCUGGCCCAUGGCGCCUGCUCGAUCUAUACCGUCUGGUUCUACGCCAUCAAGGGAUACGGGCAGCCAUCGUUCAUCGCAAACUGCGUGUGGUCCUUCGCUCUUGACCCGCUUCAAACGUCCAUCGUCGCGGGCACCGUCCAGCUGCACUAUGCUUGGCGGGUAUACCUUGUGUCAAAGCGGUCGGUGUACUUGCCCACCUCGAUCGUACUCCUCACGCUCGUCCAGUUGGCUCUUGGCGUUUAUCUCAGCGUCAUAGCGCUUCAGGUCACGCCAUGGCCUCAGCUUCACCAGAAACUCGACUGGGCGGUCGGCGCCUGGCUCUUCAUCCUAGCUGCGGCAGAUGUCAUUAUCACCGCUGGACUAUCCUACUUCCUUGGUCGAGUUAGGAGUGACUUCAAGCAGACCAACAGCAUCGUCGGGAACAUCAUCCGGCUCACAAUAGCCAACAAUGCCCUCACUGCCGUCACAGCCGUGAUCUCCGGUAUUCUCUUUGUUGCCGACAAGACCUCGGCAUGGCAUGUCUUUUUCGGACUCGUCCUGAUCCGGUUCUACUCCAUUUCCUUCCUUUCCUCGCUCAAGCUCAGGAAGACAGUCGCCGGCGACAUUGCACGUCAACGCAAGCCCGCGAACGACUACAUCUCUCCUCUCCCACCUCCUUCGCCUCGUCCUACGGUCGAGCGACCCGGCUCCUCCGGCCGAGGCUUCAGCGAGAUGAAGAGCAACGGUCUGCUAGCGCCAUCGCCAGCUCGACCCGGUUUCUUCCGCACCCGUUCUCUCGACAGCUUCAGGUCAGGGAAGACCGCGCCGAGGUCCAGUGGGAGCGAGUCGAUUCCGAUCGAGAUCCGCAUCGAAUCCGAGGUGGUCGAGGAGAAGUCGACGGACUCUUGGGAUCCGACUCGCUUCUACCACAACCCGUCUCCUCCGCAACUUCAAGCGGCUGCAGAGAUGUUCCCAACAACGCCGCCGUUUGUGACGGUAGCAGAGCCCGUCGAGCAACGGACGUAG